GCUGUAGCCAGUCCAAUCCCACGCAACUAGAGGCGGGACUCACCUCUGAACCCCUUCCGGUUUAUCGCAUGCUUCCCCUUCAAUUUAGCUAGCUAACAUAUCUGAAACAUAAUAUAUAGACAACGUUAGGAGUUCAUAACACACUUUGGUUCCAUAAUUUAUACAUUUCAUUUAUACAUUGUGUCGGUCGAAGAAAACAUGAAUAUUCGCAACGCGAGGCCGGAGGACCUUAUGAACAUGCAGCACUGCAACCUGCUGUGUCUCCCAGAGAACUACCAGAUGAAAUACUACUUCUACCAUGGACUGUCCUGGCCACAGCUCUCCUACAUCGCUGAGGAUGAGAAUGGCAAAAUAGUGGGAUAUGUUUUGGCCAAAAUGGAGGAGGAUCCAGAUGAUGUCCCCCAUGGUCACAUCACAUCCCUGGCUGUCAAGCGCUCUCACAGACGUCUGGGUCUGGCUCAGAAGCUGAUGGACCAAGCCAGCCGAGCUAUGAUUGAAAACUUCAACGCCAAAUAUGUCUCACUUCAUGUCCGGAAAAGUAACCGAGCGGCCUUGCACCUGUACUCCAACACACUGAAAUUCCAGAUUAGUGAAAUAGAGCCCAAGUACUAUGCAGAUGGGGAGGAUGCCUAUGCCAUGAAGAGAGACUUAGCUCAUAUGGCUGAUGAGGUCCCACAGUUGAGGAAGCCAGGAGUGAAGGCACUGGGUCAGGAGACCCUUACGGCUACGACCACACUCGGUGACCAGGAGAAAGAGGGAGAGAGGGACAGUGGCGGAGAGAGCAAAGAGCUCAGUGAAGUUAGCGAAGCAACAGAGAGCACAGACGUCAAAGAUUCAUCCUCCGAUUCACAAUGACUCUGACAUCUUUAGUAGCCAUUUUUAAAUUUCACCAUGAAAGUUACUUACUACACUUUUUAUCUCUUUCCAAAUAGGAAAAAACAGAUUUGGCUUCAGUCUUCACCCAGUGUUUGUCUUCAACUAUUCACCUCAGUUACUUUGUAUAUUUUACCUUUACAACAUACACCGUACAGUAACAUAUUUUACCUUUACACCAUACAGUAGUAUAUUUUACUAUUACUGUGUUCACCCUACAGUAAUAUAUUUUACCUUUACAGUGUACACCCUACAGUAAUAUAUUUUAUCUUUACAGUGUACACUGCACAGUAAUAUAUUUUACUUUACACCGUACAGUAAUAUAUUUUACCUUUAGAGCAUACACCGUACAGUAAUAGUUUUUUUUCCCAUAACUUUCUCUGUUGUCAUUAGUGACAAACAAAGCGAAUUGAGAACUGGUUGAAAGGAAUGUUUUUGGAACUGGAAUGAAAGUGGAUUUUGAGCUAAAAUUCACGACUGGUUCCACAAGUUUUUUUUAUUAUAUUUGAUGUUGUCACUAGCACUUCACCGUCGGCCACCCCACCCAUAAUCUACACAUUUUGAAAACAUAACCAGUGUUUUUGGAUGUGUCUAAAUCAGGUCUGUUAAGUAUUCUUCAAAAUAAAAGUUUUAAGUAAUA